GGCGUACAUAAGGCAUGCUACUUCUACAAACAUGCAUUCUUUAUUUAUUUAUUUUUGAGUAUGGUAUAAAACUAACUCGUUCAGGUAUAUAGUCUACCGUUCAUACAUACAGAUAUAUUGUGGUUUUCACAAUGUAAUGGUAAAUGCUACAAAUGAUUUUUAUACUUUACUAGCGCUGUGCCAACCAUACAGAAAUAAAAUUGUGCUUGUGCUGCAAAAUGACAUAAGUGGUGCCAUUCUUUUAUAUUCUACCGCUUACCACAUAAAGAAUUUUGUUACUGUACGUGUUUUUUUGCAUGUUAAAGCGAACUCUUGUGUGACUCGGUGACGUUUUUUAAUAAUUAUGUAGUCUAAAUUUUCAGUCCCCCUGCCUAUGUACUUUUUAUUUCAAUCCAUUUCCUGUCAAUAACACUUGAAAAAUGGAGCCUUCGACUUUUGAUAAAAUGAAAAUGGGUGCUGCUAUGGGUGGCACAGUCGGUUUAUGUAUCGGUUUUGUUUUUGGCAGUUUUACUCUCAUGAGAUUUGGUUCCGGUACAAAGGGCCCCAUCAACAUGUUAAGUCAAUACAUGCUUGGAUCCGCUGCUUCGUUUGGAUUCUUCAUGGGUAAUAAAAUAUAUUCAUUCCGAAAACAAGUAGAGAAACAAGCUAAAUCUUUUUUUGUUUCAGCAAUUGGUUCUGUAGUUCGAUCGGAAAAUAGAUUAACAUCACCCAACAUGAACUUACCAGUCAUUAUCAAUCAACGCAGACCUUUCCAAAGCCAACAACAGCAUUAAAAUCAAUUCUUAUAUGAAUAAUGCAGUGUAUAUAAUAAAACUAUUUUUAACUUUUGUAAUUUA